GGCACAGUCGUCUGGUGUUUGCCAUAGAAGCCACAUCUUUGGAGUAUAAAAUAAACCAUGGCCCAAGCAUCUGGGAACGUUAUCUAUCAGGAUGGAGUUUGGAAUGGGGCCCCACUCACCCCCACGUACAACCCCGACGUCUCAGUGGGAAAAGUUAUCUUUAACAGCAUGAGAACUUGGCCUAGAAAUGUGUGCCAGAUCAACGAUGUUGAUGGCGAGGAAGUCACUUUCGGAGAAGCCCUUACAUGGGCCAUCAGGAUUGCACAGUACUUCAAAAGCAAAGGUCUGGGACAUAAGGAUAUCAUUGGUGUUACCAUGAGGUAUUCCAAAUAUUCCAUGUCCCUAGGUGUGGCUUGUUUGAUGAAUGCAACGCCCUUUCAUUCAAUUACCAAUUUGCUAAACGAAGCCACCACGAAGCAUGUCUUUUCCAUAACUAAGCCGAAAGUAGUAUUUUGCGAUGGUGGGGACAUUGAAAAGAUUCAAAAUGCAACUGCCGCUUGGAAACCGGAUAUCUUCACUCUCACGGAUCACGUGGAAGGAGUUCCCAGCAUUGAAACUCUGCUUAAACCAACUGGCACGGAAACGAUGUAUCAGCCAGAACCUUUGAAAGAGGGCGGCGAUCAGACUGUGGUUAUUCUGUGCUCAUCGGGAACAACGGGUCUGCCCAAGGCGGUGUGCAUUUCCAAUCACUUUCUGCUUUUGGACACCAUACCCUCUACCAGCGAGAUGGUAAUCUAUACACCCAGUGGACUGGAUUGGAUGACGGGUCUGGUGACUUUUGUUUACAAUACCAUAUCGGGAUGCAAACGCAUUGUUUCCAAUCAACCAUUUUCACCCGAGUACUUUGUGGAAUUGGUUAAGAAGUAUAAGCUUCACGCAGGUGUCCUAGCGCCCAGGCAUCUAAGUGCCCUGGCCAGUUACCCGGAGGCCACUCCGGAUGUUAUGGCUUCUGUAAUAAACAUCCACUACACUGGUGGGUGGGUAUCUGAAGCUACUUUGAGUAAAAUCCAGGAGAUAUGCCCGAAUGCUAUGUUGACCUGUGGCUACGGAAUGACCGAGGUGGGAAUUGUGACAGCAAAAAUUGGAUUUGGGCAUAUUGUCUCUGCGGGAAUUCCAGUGCCGGGAGUAAGAUUUCGUAUCGUCAGCGAGGAGGGCGCCAAUCUCACGUACGAUGAAGUGGGUGAGAUCUACGUGCACACCAACCGCCACUGGAAUGGAUACUACGGAAAUGAGGUGGAGACGCGUAAUUUGCAGGAUUCCGAGGGCUGGUUCCACACCGGUGAUCUGGGCUAUUUCGACAAGGAUAACUAUCUCUAUAUAGUAGAUCGUAAAAAGGAGAUGCUUCGCUAUGAAAGUCUUAGCUACUUUCCCACCGAAAUCGAAAGUGUGAUCUCCCAACUGCCGCAGGUCCAAGAUGUGUGCGUGGUGGGAAUCUACGAUGAACGAGUAGGUGACGAGGCAGGUGCCUUAGUGGUCAGGACUCCAGGAGCGGAGCUAACUGCCCAGGAGAUUGUGAAUUAUGUGGCUAAGAACCUGCCCUCCGUUGAAAGACAGUUGCAUGCUGGAGUUCAAUUCACCGACAAGCUCCCAACGAAUGUCAAUGGCAAGACUUUGCGAAAAGCAGCCAGGGAGGAGUUUGCCGCCAAAAAAAGGGCAGGUUCUUAAGAUAGUAGGGCCACAAUUCUUUACCAACCAAAGAGUGCUUCGACGUUAAAUGAGUAUAAGCCUGAUAUUAGACUUAGUUGCCCAGUUUCUUUUUCCAGUCCAACUUAAACUAGUUGUAUCUAAAUAAAAACGUUAAUCCCCU